UUUCAAUCAAUCCAUCGGGAACGGCAUUAGCUAUUGGUGAAGUUCAAUUAAAUAAAGUAACGAUUGCGUAUAUGGAUGGUAAUACUACAUUUCGAUUUAUUUCGAAAUUUUAUGAAAUUAGUGAAUCUGAAAAUUGGACUGGUUUUGGUCGUUCAGUUAUCUGGCUCACUGAUGAUGAAACACUUGCUAUACUUGUUUCUAAAUCGACGAAUCACAAUUCAUCGCAAUCAGAAAUACAAGUAUAUAAAAAUAUAUGUCCUAAUCGAACUCGUGGUUCAAUUAUACCUAGUUUUGUUAUUCCAAAUAAUCAACAGACAUUGAAUGAUAUUCAACGCUCGAAGUCUUGGCGCAAACAUUCUUUUCGUCGGAUUCGAACACGCUCAAAUAGUUUAUUAAUUCUUUUAAGAAAUGGUGAUAUUGUAUAUAUUCCGUCUGCCGCUCCUGGUUUUUGUUCUAUGGAACUCGGAUCAAUUAAUUUUUCAAAUCUAUAUGUCUUGCAACCGAAACCGUGUGUGAGUGGAUCGUUUAAAGAUGUAUCUGGUCCUGGUCCGUGCACGAUUUGUCCACCUGGUACAAAAAAUUCUGGAUAUUAUCCAUCAGUUGAAUGUCAACCUUGUAAUACAGGUGCAUUUUGCUCAUCAGGUGCUAGUGAUGACGUUAAUUUAACUGAUUUUAGUUCAUAUAUUCAAACAUUUAGUUAUCCAGAUACACCGAUCAUUGAUAAUUACGAUGAUUUAUUAUUAUUAAACUUUUUUCCUACUAAUAAGAAUAUCGGUUGUUUGAUUUAUACACCUGUUUUCUGGACUGCAGUAGCUACAAUCCUAUGUUUAAUGACAUGGCUUAUUAUGUUUCUUAUUAAACGACGACAUAUAACGUCGAUCGAUACUUAUCGUCAACGAGCAAAGAUUGUUUUCAAGCAUAAUGAUCUUAUUGGACAAGGAGAACGAUGGAUUGGUGGUCUUGCAUCAAUCGUUAUUUUUACUAUUAUCAUAUAUUGUGUUGUAUUUGCUUGCUUUUACUUCUAUUCAUAUCCUAUCGAGACAACAGAAGCAGUCAACAAAGCAUGUGAUGACGAUCAACGAAAUUCGAAAUUUGAUAAUGCACUUCAAUUGCCUUUACCUGGAACCGAUGGUACUUAUUGGAAAAUAUUCGAUAUGCUCAAUAAACAACCAUUUACUAUGACUAUACAUCUGAUAAAUACACGAGCUCAAUGUGAUGAUAUUACUGUUGAACGUAAGAGACAUACAGGUACUCCAUUAUCGUUAGUCGAAAAAAAGUGUACCUUAUCACCGAAUAAUGUUAGUGGUUCGUUCAGUUUUAGUCUGCCUACGCAUACGUCGAUUGUUCGAGUUGGUAUCAAUGGACCUAACUUUAUUGGAGCACUUCGUCUUUGUCUAUAUGGAAAAUCUGAUAGUGAAACUGAAGAUAUGACAUUACAUCAACUACAUGAACUUGAUGUAUGUACUCUUUUUUAUACGAAUAAUCAAACUAUUGGACUGUCAACUGCUUUUACUGUACGUCUUAUUAAAGUUAUUAAUAUAACAAAGCCAUUACGACGCAAUGAUAAAACGUAUUUCGAUGGUAUUUGGGCUCCAUUUAUAACUUAUAUUGAUAUUCUCUCGGAUGAAUUAUAUUUUGCAGACAAAGGAAAAUACUUACGAUAUACUUCUGAACAAACGACUAUUAAUAUACAGCUUACAGAAGAAAUCUAUUUUGUUCAAAAUAAUCAAUCACCAAUCAUUCGUCGAGGAGCACUUUUCUUUCAUACCAUUCUCUUUAGUUUUUCACUUAUAGAAGUAUUUGCAAUGAUUUUUCUUCUUUAUAAACUUUGGUUUCAUCCCAUUCAUCGACGUAUUCUAAUACCUCAUGAUAAUCAAGCUGAGGACGAAUUUCAGACGAAUCAGGGGCAAAUACCUAUAGAUUUAAACUCACACUUACCACAGUCAUCCAGACUACGAACUUUGUUAUCAAAGACUAAAAGUGCAAAUAAUGGUCGAUUACGUGAAAAUCGGCGUUGGAAUCUUCAAACGAAGAUCAAUCAAAAUGUUCGAAAACGCCAACGUACAAAGGAUGGUACAAGAAUUUCAAUAGAUUCAGAAAUCAUUGAUUAUUCAGAUCAACCAUUAUCUUCGCCGCCUCUUGCAAUGACUUGA